GCUCAACAGUUGCUGUUAUUUUUCUGUCAACAGGUGUAAGAUUUUUACUGGAUUCCAACUGACGGAAAUCCUUUUCUCCCGUCGUGAGGGCACCUGUCAGCUACUAAUACCAACACCAGACCAACCUCUGGGGUCAGCGGGGGAUUGAAGUGACCUGUUGCACGAUUUGACUGUUGGCUGCACUAUAAAUAUGGACACGUUCGAAGACAUAAGUCAAGAUGAGAUUGACGAAAUCCGCCGCCACGUUGAUGAACAUGGGUUGAGUGGCUUACCAGGAAUAGUUCAAGAUAAAAUGAAGGACUGGAGAAAUGUGCCAUUGUCUAUAGCAGUUGUUGGCGAGGCGGCCGUGGGAAAGUCAUCGUUCAUCAACAGCAUCCGUGGUCUGACAGCAGAUGAUGAAGGAAGUGCGGCUGUGGGGACAGGGGACACGACACAGGAACCAACCAUGUAUCGCCAUCCCUACAAUGAAAAACUGGUGUUCUGGGAUCUACCCGGAGUCGGAACACCCAGGUUCCCACAAGACGAGUGGUACCUUGGACGGGUUGGGUACUCAAAAUACGACUUCUUCCUCCUGCUGUCGGAUGACAGAUUCACCUCGAAGGACAUCUGGUUGGCACGGGAGAUAGAGUCUUUGAAAAAAGAUUACUUCUUCAUCAGGACAAAGAUUGAUGAUGCUAUGGAGAGUGCUGAGAACAGCGAACGCGAUUUUUCAGAAGGUAAGGUUCUCGAACGAAUCAAGAAGAACUGCUAUGACAACUUUAAAGCGGGGCAGUUGGCACAGAGAGCAGUCUACUGCAUCGAUUGCUAUGACAAAUUUAAGUGGGACUACACAGAGCUAAUGGAAGACAUCCUAGUUUCACUACCUGAACUGAAAAGGAAUGCACUUGUGCUGUCACUGUCACCACUCACAAAAGGCGUCAUCAAGUCUAAGACGAUGAUUUUAAAGACACGGGCGACAAAGAUGGCACUGGUAUCUGGAAUCCAGGGAGCAGGUACCUCGCUUAUACCAAUUCCUCUUCUCGGAGGCGCUAUCAGUGUAUCGCUAGAUAUUGCCCUUCUAGCCGCAGAGGUCACUUUCUACUUGAAGCAGUAUGGACUGGAUGAUGAAUCAUUACAGGAACUCUCUUCCAGGACUAAUACAACAGUGGAAUAUUACAGAGAUGCCCUGAAAGGAGGGUCCGCCAUCAUGGCUUCCCGUCAGUCUGUCAAAACAUACUUGAUGAAUGCGAUCAAAUCUGAGGCAGCAGAGCAAGCUCUCAAGCGAAUUCCCAUAGAAAUGUGCCGUUUUAUACCAUUUGUAAAUGCUCUUGUGGGUGGAGCAGCAAAUUUUGCCACAGCCUACUACAUGCUGUACCAGAUGAUCGAUGACUUGGAAAAGGAUGCCAUGAAAGUCCUCGAUGCUCUAAUUCAGGCUACAAGCUCAGAGGUAGACUAGUAGUAAUGUCACGCUUCACCGCGAUACCAGGAAGUACUCCACACUGUUGACAUUAACUUGCUGUAUUAGACACGUGGUACAUUUACCAGGAAGUACUCCACACUGUUG